UAAAAUAAAAUAAAAACCCAAAUCCCGCUCUCCGCCCAAAACAUUUUUUUGGUUGCCCGCUCGUUCCUCCCUCUUCUUCUCAUCUCUCCCUCGCGCGCCCUUACCAAAUUUCAUUAUUCUUAUCUGAAAUUCCCCAAAUCUAAAAUCCUAAAAAAAGUCAAAAUUCCAAAGACUUGUUUUUCAUUUCACUGGAUCAGUCUCACUCUCUCUCUCUCCCUCCCUCUUGAUCUUUUAGGGUUUCUUUCAAUUUUAGGGUUUUCGGGACAACCAAGUCAUUUUGCUGUUUGAUUGGUGGUUACUAUGGCGACGGAAACCCUAGACGAGAAGAAACAGGACGAGGAGGCUCCUCCAGAGAACGAUAAAGAGGAGGCUAAAGAAGAGAAAGAGAAAGAAAAAGAGGAGGUUUCCGAAAAAGAAUUUUCUCGGGAAAGUGAGGGAAAUAAGGAAGUUGAAGAGAAAGAGGAGGGGAAAGAAGAGAAAGGUGAGGAGACUAAGGAGGAAGAAGGAGAGAACGAAGAGGAUGGGACUAAAAAUGCCGAAGAUAGUAGUCGAAAGCGAAGCUCAAGGAAACCGAGUCGAGAUUCGGCUGAGAAGAAUGAGCCUGUGACGCCGAGUAGUGACAGGCCUACAAGGGAAAGGAAGGUCGUUGAAAGGUACUCUGCUCCUUCCGUUGCCAGGUCUUCGUCUGCCAAACCCUUGUCAAUUGAAAAGGGUCGCGGUACACAGCUUAAAGAUAUUCCAAAUGUGGCCUUCAAGUUGUCAAAGAGAAAACCUGAUGACAAUCUGCAGAUGCUUCAUAUGAUACUCUUUGGAAAAAAGGCAAAGCCUCACAGUUUGAAGAGAAACAUUGGCAAAUUUUCAGGCUAUGUUUGGGUUGAGAAUGAGCAGGAAAAACAAAAGGCAAAAGUAAAGGAAAAAAUUGACAAAUGUGUUAAAGAAAAAUUGGUUGAUUUCUGUGAUGUGCUGAAUAUUCCAAUAACAAGGGCCACUGUAAGAAAGGAGGAAGUCUCUGUCAAAUUGUUGGAAUUUCUGGAAUCUCCCCAUGCUACAACUGACAUUCUACUUGCUGACAAGGAACAGAAGGGUAAAAAGCGUAAAUCUACACCAAGCAAAAACAUUGGUUCUGGGGAAGCAUCAGAUACGUCAGCCAAGCGACAAAGAACAACCCAGGGUGGGGAAAAACAUAAGCAUUCCUCCAAAUCUGAGGAAGAAGAUGAAGAUGAUAAAGUUGAAUCCCCUGUCGCUAAAGAUGAUUCUCAUGAAGAUGAUGCUGAUGCUACACCUAAAGCAGAGAGUGAUGAUGAAGAGACUAAAUCAGAGGAAGAAGAUGAACCCAAGAAAUCAAGCAAAAGAAGUACUUCAGAAAGGAUUACAAUGGAGAGUCCGGAGUCAAAAAGCAAGGAUAAGUCUACAUCUGGAAAGAAGCUUACCCAUGCAAAAUCUAGCAGGAAAUCUUCUGGAUCAACUUCAAAAACAGGGGAUAUUGAUGUUGAUGGGACUUCUGGAUCAAAAUUGAAGGGUUCUGCAUCAAAAAAACAGAAGGUUGGAAAGGAAACUUCUAAGGAUGGCAGUUCUUCCACCAAAGACAAGGUUGCUGGCAAGAAGCAAACAAACAAGUCACCAGCAAAGGUUUCUGCCAAGACUCGAGGAAAAGGCAAAAGUGGCAAGAAGCCUACAGGAGAGCCUAGCAGGGAAGAGAUCCAUGAUGUAGUAGUAGAUAUUCUAAAAGAAGUGGACUUCAACACUGCAACAUUAUCUGAUAUUAUUCGACAACUUGGUAAGCACUUCAAUCUGGAUUUGAUGCAUAGAAAAGCUGAGGUGAAGGAUAUUAUUACAGAUGUGAUAAAUAACAUGUCUGAUGAGGAAAGUGAGGAGAAUGCUGAUAAAAAUGGGGAUGGGGAUGAUGAUGAUGAUGCUUAAUUCAAUCGAGGAAUUAUAUGACCAUGUAAAACAUGUGAGAUAUGUGCAGUUAUCAGUAAUUUAUCUCCCUCCUGGGAUUUCAUUUGCAAUUCUCAUACAAUUAUAAAUUGUAGUCUCAUUUUAGAUGUUCAAUAGGUGGGAUUGUAUCAUAUGAUAUGAGUUAGUGACUUAUUUUUUUUGUAGUAUCUUAUUAUUGCUUGUUUGGCCUCAAUUUACAAAUUU